AAUCCGAGAGCAGUUCAUCGCGGGUGUCUACAUCGAAGCAGAGAGGGUUGGAGCGAAGAUGAAGACGACGAAAGGAGGGAAAGUCAUGAACCCUACGGAUGCCUACCGGAAGGAGCUCCGUAAAAAGGAGUUGAAAAGGAAUAAAAAAGAAAGAAAAAAAGUGAGGGAAGUUGGCAUUUUGAAGAAGGAUCCCGAAACAAUCAAGGAACAGAUUGAUAAGUUGGAAAUGAUGAAAGCAGAUGGUGCUCUGGACAAGGCAAGGAAGCACAAGAAAAGACAACUGGAGGACACACUGAACCUUGUUUUGAAGAAGAGGAAGGAGUAUGAAGAGAAACUGCGGGAGAAGGGUGAGGCUCCAGUGAUGUUCAGCCAUUUGGGCCCUCCUCGCAGACGAACAACUGCAGAGGAAGAGGAGAGAGCAAAACAUCCACAACCAGAAGACUCUGUUUAUUAUCAUCCCACGUUAAAUCCUACUGGGGCACCACCUCCUGGAAAGGCUCCCAUGUAUAAGUCAUCAAUAGGACCUAGAAUUCCUUUGUCAGCAGCUUCAUCAAGUGGUGCAGCAUCAUCAUCAAAGUCAGAGUCGGAGGAUGUGGCAUUAUCUGUACCUCCUCCUCCUCCGCCACCACCUCCUCCAUUACCAGAUGCCAGUGAAUUGGAUCUUGGAGAGGGUGCAGUACCUUCAUCUCUGCCUGUACCACCCCCACCUCCCAAGCCUCCAAAGCCUGCUUCUGACAUUGGUCCAAAUGUGCCGCCACCGUCAGGACCUCUACCCAAAGAACAAAUUUCCAGUCACACUCCACUGGCUCCACCAUCUCAACGACCCACUCAACCUCCUCCUCCAGGCACGAGUGCAAGUGACAGGGAAAAAGGUCAAACUGCAGCAUCAGAUGAUACAGAGACUAAGGAGUCUAAUCGGAUGCCAGCGAUGCCGCCUCCUCCUCCGCCUCCUGGAUUGUCACAGAAGUUCGUUACCCAUCAACCUGAAGGUGGCCACUCCGAGUCUGAUACCGGUAACUUUACAGGAAGUAAGGAUGCUUCUAAGUUGAUUCUCCCACCGCCACCACCUCCUCCUAGGCCACAAACUGGUAUGCCUAGGCCUGCAUUAAUCCCUACAUUACAGCCUGAUGUAUUACCUCCAGGUAUUUCACGCUUCCCACCACCCCCACCUCCACCGGAUAUGCGGCCACCACUAUCUGGCCCUGCACUUCCUAACCGAGCCGCUCCCCCUGGAAUGGUUGUUCCACCAAUUCCAAGGCCACCUUUUGGUCCACCACCUGGGCCACCCCCAAUGAUGAGAUCAUCAGUUCCACCCAGCCUUGUUCCUACUUUUCAGGAUGAUGAUCACACUACAGUUAGACCUGUACCACCAAAGCCAUCAUAUGUCAAGUCGGCAGCAUCAACUGUAGUGAAGAAACCGCUGGCUCAGCAUACCCCUGAACUUACAGCUAUGGUUCCAGCAUCUGUACGAGUAAGGAGGGAGACUGCUGCCCCUAAAGUGAAACCAAAGCCAACUUUGUCAACAGGGGCAACAGCUCCCCGGACAACAGCUCCUGCUUUUCCUGGGAAGUCGGAAUCUGCGAGUACUUCAGCAGCACCGAAGACACAGAGCGUUGAUGACUCAUACAUGGCCUUUUUGGAGGACAUGAAAGCCCUUGGUGCUCUUGAUGGUUGAGCUUAUUAGAGCUGGUGCAGUGAAUUUCAGCUGUCAACAUGUUGAAAGAGAAACAUCCAAAGGCUCUUGUUACAGCUUUGGGGUUCAUGGCAAAGAAUGAGUUAUUUGCUCUACAUAGCAGUGAUUUCCUCAGAAUGUUCCAGCCCUGGAAUCUCCAUUUAUGUGUUGUUCU